AGGGAGAGAUGGGGCCUGGCCUGGGAAUUUUCAGUUCGCUUCCCAUUCUUCCUAUGUAGACAGACACAACAUGGCGGACUAGAAUAGUCGGCCGACGCGCCCGGAUACAGCGGAUAAACUGUGGGAUUUACCGCCCAGGGAGGCAAACGAGGGGGACAAAAUAGCCAUCUUGCGAGCCAUUUUAACUGGAGAGUCGCUGCUUCGGGAGGGUUAUCUUCCCGUCAGGACGGAGGGGUUAAACGGAGAGCGAAGUGUUGUCUGUGUGUCCCAGGUCGCGCUUCCCUCCUCCUAAAUCAACCAAAUUCCCCCCCAUCCCGCUCACAGUUCCAGGGGUGUGGAGGCAGAAAAACGUGGAAGAGAAGGAGCCGGGGGCAGGAAGGAAAAAACUCUUUCUGGGUUCAACUUGUGUCUUUUUGUGGGGGUCUCCCAGGGCGCCUCGGGGGUUGCGAGCCAGACUGUGCGAAUGAAGGAUUGAUGAGAAAUUCGCUUGUUCAGGGCAGAAUGGGUUUGUGUCCCCUGCUCCUGCUGCUUGGUGUAGCUGUCUGGACAUCAGCUCAGGAUCCAGCUCCCAUCACAGGUCCUCCAAGUGUCACUGUCAAAUCCACAGACCCUCCUGUCGCUCCAUCCAUCAAUAUCACAGUCUCCCCAAAAUUAACCUCACCAGGUCCACCCACUACACUCCCCUCUACAGUUGGCCCGCCAACUACAGUAGUAACCACAGCAAUCGUCCCCACAGCCCAGAGUCUGCAUAACGCAACAACACCAAAUGGAGAUGUUGCAAAGCGGAUCUUACAGAUUUCUAAACCAACCUCUACAGAUCCUAACAAAGCUUCUCCAGCAACUCCAACCAUCCCGCCUUACACUCCACCCAUUACUGAGGUUAAUAAUGGGACAGAAGUUACAACUGACGACCACUCAUUUGAAGAUGGAGUAACAACAGAAACAGGGACCAGCACAAAAGUAAAUGUUCAAGCUUCACACAGCCCCCCAGAAGAUGAGUCUGGUGACAUGCCGAUCAUCGCAGUGAUGGUGGCCCUGUCCUCCCUGUUGGUCAUCAUCUUCAUCAUCAUCAUCCUCUACAUGCUCAGAUUCAAGAAAUACAAGCAGGAUGGAAGCCAUUUGAAUUCUUUUCGAUUGAGCAAUGGCAGAUCAGAUGAAACAGAAUUCCAGAGUGUGCCUCUAUUGGCUCGUUCUCCCAGCACAAACAGGAAGUACCCACCCAUUCCAGUAGACAAACUGGAGGAAGAAAUGAACCGUCGCAUGGCGGAUGACAACAAGCUCUUCAGAGAGGAGUUUAAUGCUCUGCCAAACUGUCCCAUCCAGGCAACGUGUGACGCUGCCUCCAAAGAAGAGAAUAAAGAAAAGAACAGAUAUGUGAACAUCCUUCCAUAUGAUCACUCCAGAGUUCAUCUCUUAUCUCUGGAAGGAGUUCCUGAUUCGGACUUCAUCAACGCUUCUUUUAUAAAUGGUUACCAAGAGAAGAAUAAGUUUAUUGCAGCUCAAGGGCCCAAGGAGGAGACGGUAAAUGACUUCUGGAGAAUGAUCUGGGAGCAGAACACAGCCACCAUUGUCAUGGUGACCAAUCUGAAGGAGAGAAAAGAGUGCAAGUGUGCGCAGUACUGGCCGGACCAGGGCUGUUGGACAUACGGGAACAUUCGUGUGUCUGUGGAGGACACGGUGGUUCUGGUGGACUACACGGUCCGCAAGUUCUGCAUCCAACAGGUGGGGGAUGUAUCUGGUAAGAAGCCUCAGAGGUUGCUGACUCAGUUCCACUUUACCAGCUGGCCCGACUUUGGGGUUCCCUUCACUCCCAUUGGCAUGCUCAAGUUCCUCAAGAAGGUGAAGAACUGCAACCCUCACUAUGCUGGAGCCAUCGUCGUUCACUGCAGUGCGGGCGUGGGAAGGACAGGUACCUUUAUAGUGAUUGACGCCAUGUUGGACAUGAUGAACGCGGAGAGGAAGGUGGACGUGUUUGGGUUUGUUACAAGAAUAAGAGCCCAGCGCUGUCAGAUGGUGCAGACUGACAUGCAGUAUGUGUUCAUCUUCCAAGCCUUGUUAGAACAUUACUUGUACGGAGACACAGAGCUGGAAGUGACUUCACUGGAGUCGCACUUAGCUAAGCUCUAUGCCCCCUCACCUGGAGCAGGCUGCAGCGGUCUGGAGGCUGAAUUCAAGAAACUGACAUCUAUCAAGAUUCAAAAUGAUAAAAUGAGAACGGGCAACCUGCCGGUCAACAUGAAGAAGAACAGAGUCCUGCAGAUCAUUCCAUACGAGUUCAACAGAGUGAUCAUUCCAGUCAAAAGAGGAGAGGAGAACACGGACUACGUCAAUGCCUCCUUCAUUGAUGGUUAUCGUCAGAAAGAUGCCUACAUCGCGAGUCAGGGGCCUCUGCAGCACACGAUGGAGGAUUUUUGGAGGAUGAUCUGGGAGUGGAGAAGCUGCUCUAUAGUCAUGCUGACUGAGCUUGAAGAGAGAGGACAGGAGAAAUGUGCUCAGUAUUGGCCCGGUGAUGGAGCGGUGGUGUAUGGAGACCUCUCCAUCGAGCUUAAAAGGGAGGAGGAGAAUGAAAGUUACACAGUGCGUGACCUCCUGGUCACCAACAACCGGGAGAACAAGACUCGAUCUGUGCGUCAGUUCCAUUUCCACGGUUGGCCAGAAGUGGGAAUCCCUGCCGAUGGGAAAGGCAUGAUCAACAUAAUUGCUGCAGUGCAGAAGCAGCAGCAACAAUCUGGCAACCAUCCCAUCACUGUGCACUGCAGUGCUGGCGCUGGCCGGACUGGCACUUUCUGUGCGCUGAGUACAGUUCUGGAGAGGGUGAAGGCCGAAGGCAUCCUGGAUGUCUUCCAGACCGUGAAGAGCCUCAGACUGCAGAGACCCCACAUGGUGCAGACACUGGAGCAGUACGAGUUCUGCUACAAAGUGGUCCAGGAGUAUAUUGACGCGUUUUCUGAUUACGCUAACUUCAAGUAGGGACCUGCCGCGAGUGGAUGGAUGGAUGGAUAUCUGCAUACACCUAUUACAAGCAUAAGCACGAACUCAUCCAUACAUCGUCAUGAAGAAAGCUUCAUAUUCACUAACUGGUGGACGGUUUCAGAAGUCACUGCUUGAUGUGUGGACGUGACGGACUGCCCACAGGAAAAGGGAUGUGAGGCGACCGCCUGAGGAGGCGGGGCAGUGCUGUGGGAUACGGUGGUUAUCUGAGAUGCCUUCUUGAAUAUUUUGUACUUAUGUUAAUACAACCCGUCACCCUUAUUUACUUCACACCUUCACUCCCAAUAUGUGUAUAUAAUUACUGUGUUACAUUUUCAAUACUUGGGUUUUAGAUGCAGUUUUGAGUUUGGCUGUGUUUUUAAGCUGCACCUGUAAAGGUUUAGGUGGCUAAUGUGCAACGUUAGAGUCGAGGGGAUCUUUGGAUUGUUUUUUAAAGGAACAGAGACUAUUUUUGACUUUGCCUGAGCCUUGCUGUAGCAGCGUGUUUGUGUGGUAGCAGACGUUUCUACAUUAACUCCACAAACCCUCAAAGCCAUUAUUUUUCCCCCAAACAAAAACAGGUUUCCAGUUUCUGACGUGCAAAGACCUUUUUUCUUUUCUUUUUUUUUUUUUUCUUUUGAGGUUGGCGGUGGGAGUUUCAGACGUGGCGUACAGCCUCAGGAUUUCACACGCACUAAAAUCAGGAGCCGUUUAGCUGUUUUGGAACUGGCGUGUAAGCUGGCAGAGAAGACAACACAAUCUGCAGUCCACCGUGUGCCAAAGUCCUUCACCCAUUUAGCUCCCGUCGCUGUUAAAAUAAGCUUCAACAAUCAUAGAUCAGUUACUUUACUGGAUGAUAAAUAGGGUUUUGGUUAAUUGUAAUAUACAUCAAUGCUGAUUGAGAUUCUUUUUACAGUAUUAGCUGUUGUGUUAAUGAGCCACAAUCCCAACUCUGUACUGUGUCAUAGAUUUCAGCAAACACUCGGCAUGUUCAAUGUUUACAGACAGACAGCUGUGUCGUUUGGGCUGUAAGAAGCACUUCCUCUCUCUGUGGGUUUCCUUUACAUUUGCUGGGAAAUGGACGUCUUCUGUGGGGUUUUUUAAGCAUCUUGUCACUCCUUCAAAUAGAUUCAUCUUUAUUUACUAACAGAGGAUAGUAAGGAUCAUUCUUUUCAUUUUUUUUUAAAUUCAAGUACUGUUACUGACAUUUUUUCCUUAACGGAGGUCAUUCCACGAUUCCUAAGCGUUUCUUUCUCUUUUGCGCGUCCUGUGAGGGUGCUCGUGCGAAGGCGGUCCAGCAGAGGUCACUGUUUAGGCCACGACCUUUGUGAUUUGAAAUGGAACCGUUAGGUCAGCCCUAAUUCCAGCUGAGUCAACAGAGGAAAUGACAGAGGCUAGCAGUGUUUAACUUAAUCAAACUGCUUCACCCCGAGAGACCAGGUCCAGCUCAUGCUACGGCAAAGGAUCUCAGAUCAAAAAGAAAAACAGACUUCCUGUUGGAAUUUUCAUGCUAUGUCAAUCGUUUCUUAUAAUGUACACCUAAACUUCAAACAACCUCACUUAUGUGCACAAUCUAAAUAAUAUUAACACCUUUUUUUUUUUUUUUUAA